AUUGGAAUUAUUGUAUCUGAUUCCACCAUGGCUACCACAGCAUCACAGUCAAUACUGUAGCAAGAUUCUACUCUAGCUAACAAUCUAGCACUGGCAGUAAAUUUGGAACAACUGUAGCAGAAAAACAGCAUCGUGUGUCGCUGGCUUUUUAUUGUGAUUGGAGUAAUUGGACUGGUCCGGACCUUCGAUUUUACUCGAGGUAAACACGUGUAAAAGCACGUGGUAUAACAACUGUCACUUAAAUCGGUAUGUAUCCUACAUCGGUGAACAUAGCGUUGUCCGGGAAAUACGACGGUAUAAAGCAGGUACCAUGGUUAUCUCUGGCAGAAUGGCACGACGUGUACAGACAAAUUUAUUCCAACAAUCCGAUCGAGCAAACAAAGGCUUACGAGGCGCUCUUAGCAUGGAAAGCCAGGAUGCCGAAACUACCAGCGGGUGUGGAUUGUACUCUAUCAAUUUUGCAAGUGUGUCUCCGCGAUCGCGAAUGGACAUCCAAGAUUGACAGUGGCGAGCUACCAAUGUAUUGCGAGAACGAUCUGAGUUUAAUGUACUCGACUACGAUAAUGAGAUUCUUGAACUAUUUUUCCAAUAUAGGGCAUACAAAGCAAACAUCCAUGUUUAAGAUUGCUAGUCAACUGAAAAUUCCAGAGUGGAUAGUCGAGUUGAGACACGAGACUGCCCAUGGAUACGAAUUGCCAUCUAUUGGAGUAUUGAGGAUAGCAAUUAAUAUAUUGCUGCAUUGGUUACAUGAUGAGUAUUGGGCGCCCGAAGCACAUGCAAUGGAAAAAUGUUACUUGAAAGAAGGAAAGCAAGUCUUAGAGGAGGAAGAGGAAUCCGAAGUAGAGAAUUUUACAAAUAUGAUUGAAAUUUGGACAGCUGUUAGUUUAUAUGUCAAUGCUGAUUAUAAAUUAGUGUCGGAUUUACCAGAGACACAAUUACGGGAAAUAUUGCAAGAUUUACGCACAUACAUGUUGUCUGAGUAUAGAAGUAAAACUUCGGAUAAUGACGAGAACGAAUAUAUAUCCGUUUACAAGAGAACUGUAAAAAUUGAUAAAAAAUACUAUUUGCAAACUGCAAAAACUCUACUUUUAGCUAAGAUAUCUGUGGAUUUAAACGAAUCCUCAAGUACAAUGUAUGAGAAGAGCAAUACAAUUUGCAAUGCAUUAUGCAAAAAUAAAGUUUUUCUACCAAAUUUAGAUAUCAUGAGAAUUUUUCGACAAAAAGAAAAAAAGAAUAUCAAUUUGAAAAGAAGAAUUUUGCCGUUCAAGAUGCUUCGAUUUUGGAAAGAUGUUAUUUUCUUGUUACAUGAAAAAGAAAUAUUAGAGACGCUACUUUUUAAGUUGUUUAAUAUCGUAAAUCAAGAACGUGAAGAUAAAGAAAGAAGAAAUCUUGCUGCUUUGUGGAUAAGUUCCAUCUUUUAUAGUUUUGUUCAAUUAGACAUCGUCCAAAGUAUUUCUCAUACCAUGGAGUAUGAAUUACAGAAAGCGAAUAGAAAACUGGACACAAAAACUUUAAGUCAACAUCUCAAAGAACGCGUACACUCUGAACAUCCAUACUUGCGGAACAUUCUAUGGUUAGACAUAUCAAGCAUCAUACCGCACUUUCUUCUUGAUAUAAAUUUUUUAUCAAAACUUUUACUAAAUAUAAAUGAAUUCUCUGAAAGACUGGUAGAACCAAUUUUAAAGUUGCUUACAUCAAGAAUAGAUGCACAAACACAAAAACAUUUGCUAAAUUUACUCCAAAUUUAUACAAGUCAAAAGCAUGACAAUGAGGACAGCAACAAUGAUGUUGAUAAAAUAUUUACUGUUGAAGACUUCGAUCCAAGUCUAAUAGAAAAUAAAGUGCAUACACACAAAAUAAAUUGUGCAAAUAGAGAGAAACCUACUUACUUGUUGGCAGACCAAAUAAUCCGUAAUUCACAUUGGAAAUUAGCACAUGAUAAUUAUCAAUGGAACGGAUGUUCCAUUGGAUUACUACCGUGGCAGGUAGACUCAUUGAAGAGUUUGGAACCACUUGAACUAAGAGAGAAUCCAUCGAAACACUCUGUUUCAGUUCUAGAUUCUCAAAUAGUCGCUGGUAUCAUAAAUCGUAAGAAUUUAAAAAUGCAAAGUUGUAUUAAAUGGGACGACGUACUGCGAAAAAAGAGGAGAAUAGAGAAGAAACGUAACAAACAUGUCGUAGAUGUAAUGAACAGAGCAUUAGAGAUUGUUAAAAACCAGAAAUAAUGUUAUAUAAUAAUAUAGUAUAAAUCGGACAUAAUAAAAUACGCAUUAAUAUCUAUUACAUAUUGCUCCAAUAAAUAAGUUAUAUUCAUAAUAAAGUAUACAACAAAGCUGAUCGUAUGGAACGUAUUUAUAUUAUAUCAGCAUUAAAUAUAAAGUUUGUAUUAAACAUAGAAAAAAAUAAUCUAUAAUGUAUACAUCGCAGGGAAAAAAGUAUGGAAGUAUCUUGCAAUUAAAUAUACUUGCAGAUAUGUCCUAGUUGCAAAUUAAUAAUCAUGUCCAUAUAUUUAAAUAAUAUUUAUCUAUUUCCCUGACAUGUA